AUGGGGCCUGUGGAUAUCUUGGAAGGAUGCACGUCUCCUCUUGUGCUGUCCCCUUAUUCUGGCUGGGUCCUAGACAGAGUGAUUGGGCAAUCAGCCCCAGAAACGGCCCGCUCUGAAAGUUCAACGCCGAAAGAAUGCACUCCCCUCACAAACCGGUCGCCUUCUCUGGAGAAGAUCAUGUCUGUUAGCUGCCAGGGCUCUUCACCACUUCCGUCUACAGAGCCAAGCGAAACAAAGGGAAAUGAAGACCUUAGUCUGCUGGAAAUGGAUCAAGAAGUCUUUUCAGCAGUUCUGCCAUCUAAAGUUACAGAAGUUGAAGGCUGCAUUCGGAUGUAUGAAGAGAUGCACAGGUUGAAAGGAAAGGAGGGGCUAAGGCAACGGCAGGAGCAGCAAGAGCAGAUGGUGAGGGCAGUGUAUGACCUGGCAAGUGAACAACUGAAGCGCUUUGAUGAACUGAAGGAGCUAAAGCAGCAUCAGGAAUUCCAAGAUUUGCAAGAAGUAAUGGAGAAGAGCUCAAAGGAGGCUCAGGGACAGCAAGAGAAGUUGAAGGAAGAACACCGACACCGAGCCAAGGUAUUAAACCUGAAACUACGCGAGGCAGAGCAGCAGAGGCAGCGUCAGGAAGAGCUGGAACGUUUGCGUAAGGAAGAGGGCCAGGAAAGGUUGCGUCGCCUUUAUUCCAUCCAGGAGGAAGUGCUGCAGCUUAACCAGCAGAUUGAUCCCAAUUAUAGACACAAAGACUUGCCAAGAAUUGAUCUUUCUGCAUACAGUAAUCGUGGCAACCAGAUCUGUGGGCUGGUUUCAGGACUCAUCCGCACCACAAGUGAGAGAGGUUUCCCUUCUCAAGCAGAUGUGGCCAAUACUGAACGCGCGCUGCAGGAGAUGCGAGGGUUGAUAUCCAGCAUGCAGCAAGAAAUCGCUGCAGCUGUGGAAGAAAAAAGGAAGAGAGAUGAAGAGGAAGAGAGACAGAAGCAGAAGGAGUUACUGAAAAAAGAGCAGGUGAAGGCUCAGACUCCUGCCCCUGCACAGCACUCAGGUGGAAAGCAGCAGAAGGAAGGACUUCAAGUUAAGGCAGAAGAAAGUACCAUGCAGUGGUACCAGCAGCUUCAAGAUGCUGCUGAGCAGUGCGUUGCUUCUUUCAGUGGAAUCAGCAACUGCAAAGACAACAAUGAGGUUAAGAAGAUAAAAACAGACUUGCAGAAAGCAGCUACGAUCCCUGUGAGCCAGAUCUCUAGAAUAGCAGGCUCUCAGCUGAGAGAGAUAUUUGACAAGAUCAAUAAUCUGCUCUCUGGAAAGUCUGUUCUGAGUGGAGGGCGAACUGUAUCUGUGACUCAGCAUCCACAGGGUUUGGAUUUUGUUUAUUACAAACUUGCGGAGAAAUUUGUGAAUCAAGGAGAAGAAGAAGUAGCUUCUCACCAUGAUGCAGCUUUCCCAAUUGCUGUGGUGGCCUCAGGAAUCUGGGAAAUGCACCCUCGAGUUGGAGACCUCUUUUUAGCUCAUCUGCACAAAAAGUGCCCCUAUUCUGUACCGUUUUACCCUGCAUUGAAAGAAGGGACUUCUAUGGAAGAGUAUCAGAGGAUGCUUGGAUAUCAAGUUAAGGAUUCUAAGGUGGAAGAGCAAGAUCAUUUUCUUAAACGGAUGUCAGGACUGAUUCGUCUUUAUGCUGCUAUCAUUCAACUCCGGUGGCCUUAUGGAAACAAACAAGGGACACAUCCUCAUGGGCUGAAUUAUGGAUGGCGCUGGCUUGCUCAGAUGUUGAAUAUGGAGCCUCUGGCAGAUGUGACAGCUACACUACUUCUUGAUUUUCUGGAGGUGUGUGGCAACGCUCUCAUGAAACAGUAUCAGGUUCAAUUCUGGAAAAUGAUGUUGCUUAUCCGAGAAGACUAUAUCCCAAGAAUUGAAGCAAUUACCAGCUCUGGACAGAUGGGCUCUUUAAUGCGUUUCAAGCAAUUCUUGGAGAAAUGUCUACAGCAGAAGGAAAUUCCAUUACCAAAGGGCGCUCUGCAGUCUUCCUUUUGGAGAUCGUAA